CAUGUCAUGUCAUUAUUUUCGCGAGACGAGAACGUUUGUCUGUUGUGAACUAUUUUGCAAAAUAUUUUAUAGUGGUUUGGUUUGACGACUUUUAUAACAAAUAGUUUUAAGAUCAUUGUGGGUUUUUUAUACAGAGAUAAUUAUUUUAUCGAUGCGUCCCCGCAAGUAAUAAAUCCCUGCUAAUUUGUGAUCAACAACCUACUUUGUUCCUGUUGACCUGUCUACAACGGAUGACCGUGAAUUUGAAAAGGUCCCAAUCCAUCAGCACGUCUGCCUUAGCCAUUCAUCACUGCCAACUAUUCCGCCCUUAAGCGCCCUUAAUGUCGCAAUGCUAGACAAGAUCAGUUCUAAAUCGACCAACGCGAUAGCAUACUGGGAAUUCGAGGGUUGGUGGCGCACGUGACGUCACCGGGAGAGAAGGGAUUGCGCGAUGAGUCAAUCCCAGGACGAGGCCCGAGCGGCCAGGAUACAGAAGUAUAAGGAAGAGAGGCGAAAACAACUUACGGCUAGAACGGCGACACUCUUCUCUGCUAAUGUUACCGAAAGGCGCCCGAAAAAAGUCGGAGGACGCUGUCAAUCUGACGACAAUGCCGAUUAUCUCAAGCCUUCUUCCUCGGAGCUGAACCUCAACGCUGCUUCAACUUCAGUGUCUAUUAGAACUACCCGUACGUCGCGUCUUAGAGCCGCUGCCACGGUCCACUCCGAUACAUCACCAUCUCCAAGAAAGUCUAACAGAAGUUCUUCUAUCCAAUCCCUUACUGACGAAGCGAAAACGAAAUCAUCGAAACAUUCUAAAAUCGUAGACAGAGAUAAAUUAAGAGCGGCAAAUAGAAGACAAAGCAAUGAAAAAGAGAAUUUAAAAAAUACGAUGGAUAAAGAUAAUGGUGCUAUUCAAUCGAAAUCUAAACAUUCCAAUAAUAAAACUGUUUUAGAAAAAGAUAGAUGUAAUUAUAAAGUCAAAAGUCCUAAAGGGAAAAACAAUUUAAAAUUAGGAGAAAGGAAAAGCAGAAAUUCUUUAUCUGAACAGAAGACAUUAGAUAGUUUUAAAAUCGAAGACAAAAUUAAAGAACCUCUUAAUAUAGACGACGAACAGAUCUUUAAUGACAUAUUAGACGAUAAAAGCUUUUCCAAUAGUUUGGAGAAAGAAAAAAUUGAAAAUUUGUUUAACAAUCUUGUUGUUGAAGAUCAAGUAACACAUAAUAUUUUAGAUGAUAACAUUGGGCUCAAAAAAUACAUUCCUAUCAGUCAAGAUGAAAACGCUGUGAACAAAGUUGUUAGUAUUGCUAAGUUAGAAGAUAGUGGUGUAGUGCCAAAAGUAGUGAGAGAUGAGGAAGUGGGUGGGUUGUUGGGAGCAGUGUGUGUUCGUAAAGUAGAAAGAUUCAGUGAGCUCCUUAGCAAUCUAUGUUCACCGUGUGAAGCCGACAUUUUGUUUCAAGACAUCUUAGCUGAAAACGGGAUAGACGGCAACUCGCGGCCGUCGGUCCCGGAGUGCACGCCACCAUGCCGCCGGGCGCAGCCUUCACCUCGCACGACCAGCACCCCGAAACGACCAUCCCCAUCCAACGAACCUUCUGGAACUGUUCACAAAACGAAAAAUCGUCGAUCCAUUGAUUCAUCACAAUCCAAGACUGAAAACUCACUGCCGUCUUCCAGAGUAUCUCCUAAAAGCACAUUUAACUUAUCAUUUGGUAUUAAGUCAUCCCCACUUAAGUCGCCGCCGUCUAACUUCACAGCUUCUAAGUCUAAUGAAAGACGUCGAAGUUCCGAUUCCAGUUCAAAACCUAGCUGCAUCCCAUUAUCUAAAAAGACCCCAGAAAAAUCCCCUCGCACUUCUUCAUCUCCUAAUAAAAAUGAUUCUGUGAAAGAAUCAAAGUCUAAACUAGAAUCACCUAGAUGUAAAACAGUUCGUAAAAGUCCAGAGAAAGUAAAGAGUGAUUCAGAGAGUACUCGUAACGAUAGAAGACAUAGAGCUCAAAAGGAUAGUGAAAGUCUUAGUGAAAAAUAUCAUUAUUCAAAGAAAAGACUGACUAGUUUAGAUAAUAAUUCUCCAAGAGACAAAAGUACCACUAAUGAAAAAUCUUCUAAAAAUGUUUUAAAAGAAACUUCACGUAGUCAUAAACUUAAUAUCAAACCUGGACAAGAAGACAUAAAAGAAACCGAAAAAAUGUCAAUAUUACAUGAAACUGUUAGACCUCAUACGAGUAACUCUAGACUUUCCCAGGAGAUGGACAGCUUAGCUGCAUUGACUAAACAGACUUUAGAUAGGGUUAACAAAUUGUCAAAUAACUUAACUAGUAAUAAGUUACAUUUAGACACACCUGAGUCGAAUUUUGAUUCCUUGUUUGUGCCGAAAGCUGAACAAAAUCACACAUUUAAUUAUGGUCUUAUAAAUGAGAGACCUGUUCAGAAUAGAGGAGUAUCAGAGAGAUUGCAGGAUAUCGACCAGGCAGCUCAGAGACUAAUAGACUUUGAGAAACAAAGUGCAAUGUUUUCUGAUCUCAAUAAUGAUUCGUCUAGUCAAAAUCGCCGUCUCGAUACUUCAGCGACGUCCUGUAGUCAUACCCCUGUGUCUAUUUUAAAGAGAAAAUCUAUUCAUGAUGAAAACACUCUGUCAACAUCCAAUCACGCUAUUGCUUCUCCCCCGGUCACAUUCUCACCUAGCGUUAUAGAACCCCGUAGUUGCCGUUCUGAAAACAGACAGCGCCAAGGAAUUUUGAAAAAGCGUUGCAGUUUGGAUGAGUCUCAAGUUGCUAGGAGAAGGUCGUGUAGUCCAGAAGUAUCAUUUGCUGAGGAUGGUUCUCUGGAUAUGAACAAACCCAUUUUGAAAAAUAGGAGAUCCUCUUUGGAGGAUGUCGUAAGGAACAGAUCUCCUGAUGGUCAAAUCCAAGGCAUUUUAAAAAGAAAAAUGAGUAAAGAGGAAGAACAUGUACAUGAAGAUAUUUCUAAUGGCUCCCCUGAACCACAUGGCAUAUUAAAACGGAAGUCGAAUUCUAGUUCCAGUAGCAGUACAACAUCCUCUCACGUAUCUAUCGCUCAAGCUGUUUUAUUAGCAGCCGCUGGCGGCGCUGAAAUAAUAGAUGAUGAUAAAGAAAUAGUGAGACCGAUUUUAAAGAAAAAGAGUUUUUCCGAGGAAAGGCCUUGUCCAGAUAUUCUACUAACAGAUACACCGAAACCGAUACUAAAAAAGAAAUCCAAUGAGUAUGAAGAAAAUGAUUUUGAUCUUCCAAAAAAGCCAAUUCUUAAAUCAUCAAAAAAAUUGUCCGGCGACGAAGGACAAGCUUCUAGUUUUGAUUUGAGCGAAGACGACAGAAGCUCUCGAAGACCUUCACUGCUCAGGUCCCGAACAUCGGAUCAUUCUGGAUCGGAGUGCGAUGCGACGGUUAAGCCUAUUUUAAAGCAAAGAGGUUCAAGUCUCAGUAGGGAACGUAGCCAAUCGCCGCGCCCACGACUCUCAUUUUGCGCAGACAACGAUACGAACAUUAGUGUGACGAAUUUCAGUUGCGAUGCGAACGACUUGUCGGCGGCAGGACCGCGACGAGUGCUGAAUCUCGCGUCCAACCCGGAUGAGAGUUACCCUAGUGCAGUCGUCCGGAGGAGAAAUCUUCGGCCAAAAUCUAAUGCUCGUUCAAAAAGCUUAGCUAGUGAUGUGAACGAAGAGUUACUCUCGAUACUGAAUACGAGGAGGUUGAAAGUGGAAAAUUGUGAAAACGGACAUUGUGAACCGUGGGAGCUGAAAAAUCCGCAGGAAACUGGCAACGACCAUAAGCCCAAGUCGUUUCCGUCUAUUGCUGCACGGAUAAAAAGUAUGGAGCAAGCCCUUACCGAAGUGAAUCCUAAAGAACAGCCUUCGACAUCUAGAUACAAGAAUCGUGAUAAAGAGCGUUUUAAAACGCAACCUAUCACCAUUGAUGAAAUGCGGUCAGCUUCGAAAACUUCCAGUUUGGAGCCGGGCCAACAGAGUUUUCAAGCGUUCGAAUCUGCGGGCUGUAGUUUUCCGAGAAGCCCCGUCGAGUCCGGUGUUGUGCCCUCGACCAGGGGCCCCUACGCUGAGGAACCCGAAAGAGAUCCCUUUACAGAGCUUGUAAAAACUUUAGAUUCUCCUCCCUUCGGCGUUAAUGUCUUCUCUGUGAAGUCUCCGCUCGUGAACGGUGUUUCAAAUGACGAGGAAGACAAGGACGAUAGUUACGGCGAGGCCACUUUUCUUGACUUUGAAAACAUAAGUCCGAAUGAAGAGAGAAGACAGUCUACGUUAGACGAGAUAGAACAAGAAGUUAAUAAAGUGCGCGUCGCGCUUGACGAAGACUGUCGCGCUUUGGACGAAGACGAAAGGCAGCAAGCUGAAGCGGAUAAUUGGAGCUUGAAUGUGUCUUGUGAUAGUGGAGUUUACAACCGUGCGUCAUCCAGGGAUUCUGGUCCUCAUUCCGGUGAGGAGUUAGGGCUGAUCGAAAGCCAGGAGAUCCGUGACAACCACGCCACCAACAGCAGCAGCAACGAGUGGUCCACAUCAUCCAUCGAAAGAGGCCUCAUGACCAUGGAGCGAGAGAGGAAAUCCACGGAGACCGAAGCCCUGAGGAGCCCCGAAGACAGGGGCAGUGAUGAUGAGAGGAAUACAGAGACUUUCGCAUUGGGGCUGGUGAAGAGUAACAGUGUGGUGGCCAGAGCUAGCAUGUGGCAAGCGUUACAGCAGCAGGCUAAAGGUACACCAAAACCGCUGCUUCGCCACAGUCGCUCCAAAAACAAGGACAGUUCGAAUGUAACCGAUCGCUUCAAGACACAACCCAUCUCAUUUCCUCUCGAAACCGCCACCAGCGAACCCACCAAUGAAGGAUACGCUCUCACUCCCUCCAAGAGCAUCGGAAAUGUGCUAGACAGAGACGAAGAUGCUAAGUUAGACGAAGACGAUCCGGCGAAGCUGUCUUUGAUGGAGAAAAUGAAGAUGUUCAACUCGAAGUUGACGCACAAACCUCCCAUGGCCGGGUUACCUCGACCCAAAGAAGAAAGAGUGCCGAGAACGUCACGGCUCCGUACUAUGCCCGUAUUGGCCAGCCAAGUUCAGGAGGCCAUGGAACAGAACGAAAGGUUGACGAAAUCAUUGACCCACGAAGAAGUGCCUCGUAACCCAGAUUUCCAACUGAAAAUGGAAUUGUUUCGUUCGGCGAGCGCAAAGAAUACGUCCCUAGAGUAUCUCAUGAGGCAGAAUGCAAAGUUUAGGAGCUUAGACCUGGACGAUGAUUCGCCAGCAGAACGCUCACAGAGGAUGAUCACGCCUGAAGUUAGGGGGAUUCUGAAGUCAGGGUCCACUGUGGUGCCGCCUAAGCCUAAGAUCUUGGCGAAGGGAGAGAGCUCAGAGGGUCUUAAAGACGAGGGUAUCGACAGCUCGUCCGACGACGAAUCCGCCUCCGCGUCCAGCGUUUCAUCAUCAGAGAAGAGCUGUUCCUCAUCAGACAGCUCCGACGAGAUUCCCGGACCCAAACCAAGGAGGUUCCAGCGCAAAAACAACAAACUCAAAUCGUCAAGAACCGAUUCUGACUUGACCCGACUACAAGAUCAGUAUCCUAGAAAGAUUCCGCUACCAGGAGCGAAUGAGUUGAAGGAGCGUUUGAAUCAAGUGAAGAAUCCAGAAAUGAAGCCUUUAUUGGGGAAAUUGGGAAGGAAACCGACUGAGGAGAAAAAAGAAGAUGAUAGUACCCGAUAUAGGAGGUUUAUAAAGAAGUUGGAUGAGCCUAUACAGUUGGGGAAGUUGAGGAGGCCGGCUGAGAAAGUUCAACAGGUUGAAGAGAAACCGCCUCAGGUUUUGAAUAUAUCUGCUUUGAAUCAGGCGGCGAAGGAGAAGUUCUUCGGUGUGGAGCCUAAGAAGGAGAAGAGUAUUGAUGAGUUGGCGGCGGCUGUGAGGAGAUACAUUCCACCCGUGAGCAAGUCAAUGUCUAUACACACGAUGGAAGUACCCGGCUCCGGUAGCGACGGGGAGAGCUCCGGCGGGCGAGAGGUGCGACACAUCAACACUAGAGGGCGACACAGGUUGGGCGGUGGUGUCCAACGAAGCGCCACGCAUGCAGAGAUGCCGCAUCGCGGGGGCACCAUUGCCGAAAGGUUGGCAGCCCUCCAGGCAGCCGGCGCGAACGACUGGCGUGCGAGGGUGUGCCGCCUCAGCCCUGAGAGGGAGGACUCCAAGGCUAUAGAGAGGGCCAAGAACAAGAUCAACGAAUCUCUAAACAAUGUUGUCGACGAUAAGAAGAAGGUUCACAUAGAGGAGACUGAACUAGGAACUAACAUCUUAGCAGACAGGCGGAACAAACUAGAAACUGCAGCUCAGGGCUGGCGCAAACGCGUGCCGCAAACCGACGCAUCUCUCUUCACUGUCGCCGGGCGAUUGGAGCGAGACAAAGUAUCAACGACAACUCCGCCGCUCACCCCACCGCCCGUCGUCACGCCGCCCGCGUCCGCCGUCGCGUCACCCGGUGUGCCACCUCCCAACAAAUUCAGAUCUCGCAAACAGCCGUCGUCCCCUACCAAUGGCUUCGCGUCGGGCCCACUCCGUUCGGCGUCUUGCGCGGUCGUCAGCGCGGCGGCCGAAGCGAAGCCGAAGGAGACGCCGCGGAUUGAUCGCGAGUCGUUCAAGCGGAGCCAUUCGGUCAGCGAGAGUAUCAGCAGGGUUGAUGAGAAAGAGGAAGUAUCACCUGGGCAAGAGAAGAGUGGUUGUCCGGUGAGGGUACCGCGCGCUGAUGAUGAGACCUUCCACGCGUUCUUCGCUCCAUUACAGCAGCAGGACAAGACUGCCGACGCGGGUGAUGUCGACUUGGACGCUAUUGACAGCGGUUCACGGCAUCUCCUGUCGAGUGAAUGGGCCCGCCGCGCCAAGCGCGAGCGUCGCGUAGCUGGUUCCCGCAACCCGCUGCGCGCUCUGGCGGCGAGAACGGACAUCCGAGAGGAGUACCUCGCGCAGCCCAACACUAUACGCGAUCAGAUGCUCAAGGAGAAGGUUACGGCAAACUGCGGCCUCGCAGCCGAAGCGCUUGCAGCGCUCGCCAGCAAAGAGGACUUCUCCAAUGUAGCGCUGAGAAGCGCUUCAGCGACGAAUGUGCCCGCACAUGGAACUAAACCAGUCAUGUUGUUGCAUGUCAAAGGAAGGCGAAGAGUUCAGACACGGCUGGUGGAGCCUGUUUACACUAGCGUGAACCGCGGCGAUUGCUUCAUACUCAUUACUCCAGAUCAAGUGUUCCUCUAUAUGGGAUUCUAUGCCAACGUUAUCGAGAGGAACCGCAGCACAGACAUCGUGAAUCACAUCCACAACACGAAGGACCUCGGCUGCAAGAAUUCCACCGGCGUCAUCAAAAUCGACGAACACGCCAAAAAUUACUCCAACAAGCACUGGAACCAAUUCUGGUCACUGCUCGGCCUCGCAGACGGCGUCGAAGACUACAAACCGGUAGAAACAGGGAACGCAGACGAAGACGAGAUUUACGAAUCUUGUAUCAUACAAACUAACAUGUGUUACGAAGUAAUGGACGAUGAAUUGGUGCCCAUCAAAGACUAUUGGGGUCAAAUGCCAAAGAUAGCAAUGCUGAAUCAAUCGAAAACAAUCGUGUUCGAUUUUGGUUCAGAAAUGUAUAUUUGGUACGGAAAGAAUGUACCGCUCGAAAGCCGUAGACGAGCCGCGCAAUUGGCUCAGGAGUUAUUCGAUGAAGGUUACAAUUACGAAGAAUGCCAUAUUAACCCCCUAAAUGCCGCUUUCUACCAAGGCGCGAGAGAGGAAUCCAAUUCUGCCGAAAAAACACAAAAAACCCGCCCCGAAUGGGCCAUUCUAUCCAAAGUGACGCAGCAUAUGGAAACUAUCCUGUUCAAAGAAAAAUUCUUAGACUGGCCGGAUUAUUCUCGAGUGAUAAAAGUAAAGCCGCAGGAGAAUAAAACGAACAGUGUCGAAAUAACGCCGUGCGAUGCGGAGGAGAUGUGGUCGAAUGAAUACCAGGACCCUGAUCUCAUUCUAGAAGGUUCUCACAUCGGCCGCGGCACGCAAUAUUACGACAAAGAUGAAAUGAGACAUUACGACAUCAAAACGAAGUCGGUUUGCAAAUGGGUGAUACAGGAAUAUGAUUAUCAAAAAGUUGAGAAUGAUGCCGAAAUCGGGGAGUUUUUCUCUGGUGACAGUUAUAUCAUCAGGUGGGAGUACCAGAUCACAGUUACCGGUCGGGAAUUGAACGGAAAGCCGUCUAAACACAAUAUAACCGGUCGCGAUCGCUGCGCGUAUUUCUGCUGGCAAGGUCGGGAUGCUAGCUCUAACGAGAAAGGGGCGGCGGCUUUGUUGACCGUGGAAUUAGACAGAGAGAAAGGCCCUCAAGUCAGAGUGGCUCAAGGAAACGAACCACCGGCAUUCCUCAACCUCUUCCAAGGAAAUUUAAUCAUUCACCAAGGGAAGAAGGAUACGGACAAAAGUAGAUUCAGAUUGUUCGUGACGCGCGGGAACCUAUCCAACGAAGCUUAUCUACUCCAAGUUCCAUGCUCCGUUCGGCAGCUACGCAGCCGUGGAUCGCUACUUUUGGUCGAUACUGAAAAAGGUUGUCUAUACAUCUGGCACGGAGUUCGCAGUUUGAAGCACACGAAGAACAUUGCGAUAGAAUUGGCGAAUAAGUUGAUCGCUCGCAAUUCGGGGUACUUAUUUGGGGGGAAUGUGAGAGAUGUUAAGAUUACUGAAGUGAAAGAAGGGGAGGAGCCUAAAGAGGUGUUGGAUGCGUUGGGCGUGGCCAACAAGCAGCACUAUAACUCUGUGUUGAGUGGGGGGAGGGAGAGCGGUGGGGAUGGGACUCCGAGGUUGUUCCACUUCACAGAUUUAGGAGGUCAGUUCGAGGCCAAUGAAGUGCUGUCGCCGUUGAGACACGAACACCUGGUGACGCCGUUCCCGUUCGAUCAGAAAGAGCUAUAUUCCGCCUCACAACCAGCUCUGUUCCUGCUGGACGACGGCGCUCAGGUGUGGGUGUGGCAGGGCUGGUGGCCGCGCGCCGCGGACGGCGAGCUGGAGCCCGCGGACAGGAACGCUGGUGUAGGCGCCUUCGCGGCCCGUUGGCAAGCGAUGCGAGUGGCGGCCCUAAGAACGGCGGAGGCCUACAACUGUUGCAGCGGCCGCGGCGGGCGGGGAGACGUGAGGGUGGUCGCGGCGGGACUCGAACCCCAGGCCUUCACCGACCUGUUCGACACGUGGAGCGAGCACGACGAAGCCGCUGAGGCUAAUAUCGCGCACGGGUACAAAGCGGGCGAGAUCCUGUCCGGCGCGUGCGAAUUGUCUCGUCUCUCCAGCUGUGAUGCUGUACUGCCUCUAGCAGCACUUCAGAGGAGGCCACUACCUGAUCACGUCGACCCACACCAUUUAGAAAGGCACCUAUCUGCUGCUGACUUCUUGGAGGCUUUCGGUAUGACCAAAGAAGAGUUCUCAGGACUCCCCGCGUGGAAGCAGACGAACCUGAAGAAGGAUGUUGGUCUCUUUUGACCGCGCUGCCUCCAUUCUAAACUGUAUUCUAAGUUCUCGGGAAGGAAAUCCGGGUGAUAUACCAUAAUCAAGCUGUUCUAACUCGAGUUUUUAAAUAGAUUUUAAGUGACAGGUAUUUGGGUAAAUGUUUGAAAUUAUACAGGUUUUGACAUGCACAUUUUUUUUUGUCGAUGAUUUGUUGCGGCCGUCGUCAUGUUAAGACUAGUGUAGUGCAAAAAAUAGGUAUCUGAAAUUUGUGUUAAUAUUUCUAAUUAACUUUAUUAUUUCUACGUAAAUGACAAAUCGAUUUUGACAUUGACAGAAAUACCUGUCACUUUAGUUUAAUUUAAAACUCGUGAAUCGGACAUAAUUUUGUACAACCGCAUCUUUUUCGUACUUUUUUUACUGAAAACGUUGAAGGAUUUGAUAUAUUAAUAUAAAAUGCACGCUUUAAAUUCAAUAGUGAAACAGUUUUGUACUAACGGAACGUAACUAUGUGUAUUCGCUCUCGUGAUAUUUUCAUGUAACCGCAUUAGUAUAUAUUGUAGUUUGAUAAUAUGGAUUUGUAUGUUGGAAUUGUAUUGUUAUUUGUCGAAUCCGUUGCGUGGCCGACUUACUGUAAAUAGUUGUUUUACUUGUAUUUAUUUAUUUUCAUAUGACUCUCGUCUAUUUCCUAAAUUUGUUUUAAUUUGUAGUGAUUUUAAAGUCCUUUUUGUGGAGAACGAGUUUGCCAGCAUGGAUAUGACAAAAUUGCAAUGAUAAUGUGGUGAUAUUUUUCGAUUUUAUUAUGUUGUAAUGUGUAUUGAUGUGCCGUGACUUCUGUCUAACGUAUACGCCCGGCGCAUUAUACCGUUGGAAGGAAAUGUUUUGUAGGCAAUGUAUCUGGUCAAAGUACGGUUAACUUUUAUAAUACCGCUAGAUAUACAAACAUACUUCGAUAAUACUAUUAUACGCUUUAGUGUAGGCUAGACAUCUCUGGCGGUUGGAAUGGUAUACACAUUUUAAACUUUCAGUUUUGCGACAUCGGUUUAGAACAAGUUUUGCUUUGAAUGUAAUCCAUUAAUCAAUUUUUUUUUAAAUAUUAUCUCGUUUUGUUAAAGGAAAACGUUGAUAAAUAUUUAAAAUUGUUGUUUUUGGAGUGAUUUCACAAAAUUUAUUCUAGACUUGUGUUUCUUAAUUAAAUUUGUAUACUGUUGUAAUCGUCACAGAUUACUAUAUUUUAACACAUCACAUAUCUACUCAUGGCUAUCUUUUAUACUGUGCGUUAGGUGGACCAUCUUUUGAUAUAAUAAUCUUACUGUAACCUCGGUUUUGGCUUCGCUUCUUAGGAAGUUAUCGUAUUUGUAAUGACGACUUAAUAAUUUGACAUUUUGUUACUAAAGUGCGUGAGGCAUUUUUGACUGACUAAAUAACGGUACGGGCUAUCGUCGGGUGUCGCCGCGCUAAAUUUACGCUGCAUGGAUAUUAAAGUUCAAAAACUAUGACUUUUUAAAUUUGUGUUAUCAAACAAUUUUACAUAGUAAUAGUAAGAUAUUAUGAUUCAUUUAGAGAAAAUCGCUAAAUUCACACUGAACAUGGAGGAGUGCAAUGAGUACAUACAUAAGUAUAACACCGUCGUAUCGUAUUGGCCUUUAUACGUAAUUAAGUCGUAUGUUUUUCUUUGUGACCCACACAUCUAACCUUUUACAAGUCGAAAAUUAUUGCUGAUUGGUGUGUAUACUCAUAAUUUUUCAUCUAAGAUCUUUCAAAAUCCAUUGCGGUUCUUGUGAAGGUGCUAUUCAAUUGUCGCGACAAAUGACGCUAGUCUUUACCAAGCUCAAUUCGUGUACUUUAAUUUUGUGACGCGAUAACACGCAUUUUUUCUGAAUUUGAAUUCUGAACUUAGUUAAUCUUUUUAAUGGAAUUGUUCAUUAACCUUAGCAUGUUCAAAAUCUUGCCUGAAUUCAAAUUCAUAAAAUGUACGUGUCCGCUUUAACGCUGUACCUACGACUUAAGAUGUUUAUUUUUUAUAACUAGCGUUAUUGCUAUAACUGACUUCGGGGAAAAUUGCCAGUAUUGUAGCGGAUUACUGCCAAGAAUAGCGGAAACGAUGAAGUCAUCAUUAGUAACUAAAUCAUGAUUUAUGUAUUGUCCUAAGAUGCAUUUACGAAGAAAGCUACGCGUGCCUAGCGUGACAUAAACGUGUUUCUCAAAUCCAAUGUUUAAUGUUUUGCUUUGGUUGUGUUACUUAUACCUAUACUAUAAUUAUUAUUGUAUUUGAGAUUUAUUUUGUAUAAUAAUGUAAUAAAUUGCUAAAAUUGA